GCCCCUACAAUUAUUGAUUGAGUACUUGUUUUCCAAUUCAAGCAGUCAAUUCUUUUUUCUUUUUAAUUACAACAGUUUCUGGAUUUGUCUAAAACACAACCUCCGAAUUUCCAUCUUUGUUAUUUUGGCAGAUGCUUCUUCUUGGAGAUCGGGUCAACGAGGCCCUUGAUGAACUUGAAAAAUCAUUUAAAAUUUCAGAUACAGUACUCCAGUUAAGAUUGAAAGCUGCUCUCUUGGAGCAUUUUAAUGGCAUAUACAAUGUGAAACUCUGUACAUGCUUUGAGGACAUCUUAAAGAAGGAUCCAACAUGCAGCAACUCGUUGGCUAGACUUGUUGUCAUGCAUCAACGAGGGGAUUACAACACUGAAAAACUUGCAGAAAUGAUAGCCUUACACUUAGAUGCUACAUAUGCAAAAUCUGACACGUGGAAGGAAUUAGCAUCUUGCUUCUUGAGACUUCGUCUGUGUGGAGAUGAUAGAAUGUCGUGUUCUAAUGGAAAAGAUGGGCACAAUCAAGCUUCCUUCUGUCAUUCUAACCAGAUUCUUGAUAUAUCUACUAACAGUGCAUCUGGGAAAAACUGGAGGCUCCGUUGCAGAUGGUGGCUUAAUCGCCAUUUCAGCCACAGCAUUCUCCUGUCGGAUAUUGCUACUGGUGAUUUGGAGCUUUUAACUUACAAAGCUGCAACAGCUUCACAUCUCUACGGACGGGAGUUUAAAUUUGUUAUUAAGGCUGCCGAGUAUCUGGAGAAGGAAAAUAUUAUGGAACUCUAUUCUUACCUGCAUAUGCACAUUAUGAAUUCUGUUGGUUUUUAUUUCAAUAUGAAGAGAGAUAAUUCUUAGUAAGAAAGUUUGCUCUCUUGCUUGUAACUUGUAUUUUGAUGGAGGUAAAGUUCCCAUGGAAUCAUUGUACAAGUUUCUUUGGGACAUCAGAGGACUAGAAGCCUAAGUUUUUGUUAAUGUUAGCUCGAAAACCUGCACGAAAGUACUUUUGAAUGUGUAUUUUAUACUUGCAGUCAAGCAGGCUUUAUUUUA